AUGUUAUACAUAUUUAGGAUUGCCUUCCUAAUUUUUGUUGUACUUGCACAGACUGACACAACUCCAUUUCAUGAGACGGCUUCCAGACAAGGUGAAGCCAAUGCAGAUCAAGCAGAUGAACAACUUAACAAUGAGGAUACACGAGAGCCUAUGAAUGAGAUCACGAAAGAGACACCUGGUUCUCCAAUAGCUCAACAGAAUAUUGAGACUCCAGUCCUUACUCCAAUUCAGACGCAGCAGGAGACUCACGAGCUUAUGAAUGAGAUCAUUUCACCAAACAUUUCCGACACACAGCCAAAUACCCGAGCUCGCAGAAAUCUUUUAACAGAGCAAAAUAAGGAUGUAGAAAACAGAGUUCAAAAUCCCUUUGAGAUCGGAGCAAAUGUGGAGAUUUCAAUCCAAGAUGACAAUACUUGUCAUAAAUGGUAUCCAGGAAAUGUGUUGAAAACAUAUUUGGUUGAUGGGGUUGAGACGGUGAAAGUUGAGUACUCCGUCCCGUCUCUGGACGAAAAGAAGAGGAAAAGGAGUGUUGAGACACGUGUAUCAAUUGACAGAAUACGUCCUCAACCACCACAUGAGAGAACUGGAGCGAAGAAAAGUUAUGAGCUAAUGCAGGACGUGGAGGCGUUCGACGAUGGUGCCUGGUGCGCUGGAAAAGUUAAAGUCAUUUUGUUUGAUGGCUCGUGUUUUGUCGCUUUGAACAAUUCUAAAAAAGAAAUUUACUUCCACCAUUCUGAGAUUCGAAAACCAAGAAAAUGGGUAGAUGGUGUUUGGGAGAUGACAAAAAAGAAGGAAGAAGAGCAGACGCAGAGUGUGAAUCCAAGUGAAGGAGAUGGUGAUAAAAAGGGGAAGGGGAAGGCUGUCGCUUGUAAGAAAAAUGAAGCAGCUGGUCCAUCAGAAGAUGUUGUUGGGAAAAUGGCAAAAGAGAUGGAAGUAAAGCAGGGUAAGAGUGUGAAACCAAGUCAAGACGAUCAUGCAAAAAAGGGGAAGCCACAUGUUGGUAAGAAGAAGAAAGCAAAUGCUCAGCCAGUAGAUUUGCUUCCUUUUCUACAGCGAGAAGAGAAGAGGCCAAUACGACCUAGAAACCCUCCUAUACCUGUAACACCUGAGGUAAUCCUUCCAAUUGAUCCAUUUGUGACACCUGAAUUUCCUCGGUUUUCAAGGCUUGCACACUGGAUGGAUCUACGGGGCAUAUAUCGUGUACCGUUUUAUAUCAAUGGAAAAGAAAUUGAAAAAGAGUUCUUUCAAAAAAUGGACGAUGCAGAAAAAAAUCUCAACAAAGAGCACAUAAAUGUUGCAUUUGAAAUGCUAAAUUGUAAGAGGGUUGAGCAAGGUGCUUGGUUCCGCAACAACAAUCUUCCAGCAGCAUGCUUUGUACCAGUCGAUUUCUUAGAAGUGGUUGGGUACGCUUAUGAAUCUGUCAGGAAGCCACAUAAGAAGUUAUUGGAGGGCUGUGUAGGCGAACUUGUGAAAGGUUUAAUACAUCCAAAGAAGGUAUGGCUGGAAGAUGUUGAUGUUAUAUAUGGUGUCAUUGAAGAUAAGUUGAGCUAUCACUAUAUUGGGGUGGAGAUACAAUUGAUGGACAACACAAUCACACUCUUCCAUUGUGGUCUUCCAAAAGCAAUAUCAACGUGCUCUUAAUA